AUGCCGAGGAGUCUAGGUAAGGUCGUCAAUGGCGUAGAAAUCCAGGUUUGGGGAGGUCGCCUUCGUGGCCGUGGAAAGGAGCGAGGGCAUAUAAGGUGGGAUGCUGCGGUCCCGGCUUCAUCAGUACCAAACACACACGAUCCGUCUUCCAAGCCAGCAGGUUUAAGGUCGGCCGAGAUGAAGCUCGCCUGGAUAUACGUCAUUUCCGCUCUGCUGAUCCUGGCGACCUGCGAGUCGGACGAGGAGAAGCCGAAGGAUGCGUCGAGAAGCGAAGACAAGGUCGAAGGCACGAAGGAUCCUCCGAAGGUGAACGACACCACCAACACGGACAAGACUGAAGAAAUCGACCCCGAGGAAGGACCACUGCCCAUCUUGCCUCCAAUAAUUCUCCUGGACUUUAUAAACGGCUCGGACGCCUCAGGGGAUGAGAAGUCAAAGAGGACCGUGAACGGCAACGUUGGAUAUGGGUUCGAGAGGAACAACUUGUUCUCCGGGAAGUACAACUACUAUUUCCCAGCAGGGAAGACCGGGACCACGGUCAGUAUCGAGGAAUCCAUCAGUCCAUUUCAGCCAAAAACCAUCAUUGAGUCCGUCAAGCCCAUUACCGAAAGACCCCAAGAGGCUACGACCAGCCCCUACGCCGGAACUCUGCGUCAGGAUCCUCUUCGAGGUGGCUCCGGAUCUUCGAAUCAGCCGCAAGCCUUGAAGCUGCAGUACCAAGACAGUCCGCUUGUGUUUGGACAAAGAACCAAGCUUCAAAAGACCACGCCGACCCCAUUUGGAGCGUUUCAAGGGGGAUUUUCGACCACGAAGCCUGCGUUCCAGAGCUACACCACGCCGAGGACUGUUUUCAAAGGGAACUCUUAUUCUUCUGGGUUGGGCCAGGGCGCAUACACCACGGCGAGGCCACUCUACGAGGAGUUCCAAAGUUCCAGGCCUAGUUAUUCUGGUCCCAGUGCGGGUUCCUAUGACUCUGGGAUCAAUGCGGAAGGAUACAGCACUCCUAGGCCCCAUUUUGGGGGACCCACCACCCUCAGACCGGAAGUCCUGGGUUCGGCUUACUCUCCAGGGUCGCCGAUUCAAUCUUUUGGAAACCUUCCAAGGUACACAUACGAGAACGGAGUGAAGUACGAGCACAAGAUCGUGUGGAAGUAUCCUGACGGGAAGAUCUCCGAUUUGCCGCCCGUCUCGUACUCCAACACCUACUCCCAGUUCCCAGCAGCCACGAAGACGAAUCACGCAGGUUAUCAGGGUCAGGGCCAGACAUCAGGGUUCCAAAAUGUCCCGAAUUCCCAAUAUUCUUCCGAGAGCUUGGGGAACAUCUAUUCCCAGAGGCCGGCUCAGUUUCCCGACGACCAGAACUCAAACCACCAACAGCAGAGUCAAUUCGUGUCCUCGGCCUCUUCUGGGGCGUCUUCGGCAUCGGCUGUUGAUGAUUACGACGCCGCCUCCAGGCAGCGUCUUUACGAGAUGUACCAGUCGAGGUUCCCUCAGAGGUCCAAGCCAUUUAAUGCUCACGUUGGAUAUUCAACACCCUCUUCAGGAUACAGGACGUCCGUUCAGCAGGACUCGAAGAACUCGCAAUUCGGACUCGGUUAUGAAGAGGAAAAGCCCCCCUCUAAGUACGCCGUAGACAGUCCUGAUCCUGAAUACACUUUCCCUGGAGAUGGGUCCAUGAAGAGUACCACCUCGAGCUCCGGCUUGUACACACCAAGUGGGCAACUGUCACCAACUGUCCUGUCGAAGUAUUCCCCGCAAGUGCAGCGGUAUCUGAGUAAAGUGUUCCCCGGAAAUGGGAGUUCCUUUAAGCACAGUCAGGACAGUACCGACUCGGCGUCGCUUUCCAACCUUCAGUACUCGAACCUGCUGAACUACAACCCUUCUAUUUCUCAGUACAUAAGAGACCCGUCGUCGAUCCUGAACGCCCAACCCACGUUCAUCCAGGCCGGGAACUCGCUGAUUCCGGUGAUCAUCCUCAGGGUCGACGGCGUGGCUCCAGUCCACCAAAAGCCAACACCCAACAUCAACCUAAAGGCUCUUCUGCAACAGUACCUCUCUCAGUACGCCAACAACGUGAACGAGUUCUCCCAGGGUACGAACUAUGAAUUCGGUGACAAGGCUCCUCAGAGUCCUCUUUAUGAACUGACCCAGCUGACUCAGGGUCUGAAGCAGUAUUCCCGGAACCAGAACUUCGCCAGUAGCUUUGCCCAGAAGUUCGCCCAGAAUAUCGCUGGGAAUUCUCCAGAGUACGAAGAUGGCUUCCAGCCGGUUACCUCGAGUUACACUACCAUGAAGAAACCCGAAGAGAAGCAAUAUCAGGGGCUGAAACGCAUGAAGAUCAAGAGCGUCCAGAUCGUGGAAGACCCCAGGUUCACGGGCUUCAAAGGAAGAACCUAA